AUGAUCAGAUCAGUAUUUCCAUGCUCCAAGGUUCUCAACAGACCUCGAGUCUUACCUCGAGCUAUCAUAUCCCCUUCCAGAUUCACGACACCCUUGUUAUCCCAAGUGAGGUUAUACAACCACGAACCCUAUCCAACUCCCAAACACGACUUGAAGUCCGUACCGUCGAAAGGAGAUCAUGCCGAGUCGAGGAUCACCCCAUAUAAGAAAGGUAAAGUUUGGGUAGACGCCAAACAUGCUAUUCAAGAUAUCAAGAGUGGUGCUACGGUGUUAUCAGCAGGUUUUGGAUUGUGCGGUACAGCCGAAACUAUCAUUACCGCCAUACAUGAACGAAAGGAUUUGCAGGAUUUGAUGGUCGUUAGUAAUAAUGCGGGAAAUGCUGGUACAGCUGGAUUAUCCCCACUGGUCACUUCCGGACAAAUCCAACGAAUGAUUCUCUCCUAUCUCGGUACCAACAAAGGACUUAUGGCCAACUACAUCAACGGAAAGAUAUCCCUUGAACUUAGUCCUCAAGGAACGAUCGCCGAGAGACUGAGAGCUGCUGGAGCAGGUAUGCCAGGUAUUUACACCAGAAGUGGUGUUGGAACUUUCAUCGAAACUGGUGGUAUCCCUCGACGAUUUUCCGCACCAGAUUCAGAAGGCAAACAGACCGUAGUACAGGAAGGAGUGAAGAAGGAAGUCAGGGAGAUUGACGGAAAAAAAUAUAUCUUUGAACCUGCCAUUCACGGUGAUGUAGCUAUUUUGAGAGCUUGGAAAGUCGACAGAGCCGGUAAUUGUGUUUUCAGGUACACUACAAAGGCCUUCGGUCCAUUGGUUGCUAAGGCUGCUAAGUUGACCAUCGUUGAGGCCGAGAACAUCGUCGAGAUUGGUGAAAUCGGAGCUAUGGACAUUGACUUACCUGGUAUCUACGUCGAUCGAAUCGUCCCAGCAACAGUAGACAAACAGAUCGAAAUCAAGACUACAAGAGAAGAAUCCGAAAACGUCUCUCCUUCUUCCGGCGAUGAAGGUCACAAGUCUGAAUCACCUCAAGUUGAAAAAGCCAAAGAAGCUAGGGAGAGAAUUGCCAAGAGAGCUUCCAAAGAGCUUUACGAUGGUGCAUAUGUCAAUCUCGGUGUCGGUAUUCCAGUUUUAGCUGCCAACUACUUACCUGAAGGUCAGAAAGUAUGGAUCCAAUCGGAGAAUGGUAUUUUGGGUAUGGGUCCUUAUCCCCUCGAAGAUGAGGUUGAUGCCGAUAUCAUCAAUGCUGGUAAAGAAACUGUUACACUCGUACCCGGAGCUUCUGUUUUCGAUUCAUCAGAAUCUUUCGGUAUGAUCAGAGGUGGACAUGUAGACGUAUCUAUCUUGGGUGCUAUGGAGGUUUCAGCCAAUGGUGAUCUUGCAAACUAUAUGAUUCCCGGUAAACUUAUCAAGGGUAUGGGAGGUGCCAUGGAUUUAGUCUCCAAUCCCGAUAGUACCAAGAUCGUAGUAGUCACCACCCACGUAGACAAACAUGGUAAACCCAAAGUCUUAGAGAGCUGUUCAUUACCCUUGACGGGUGUCGCCGUCGUCAGCCGAAUCAUCACCGACUUGGCCGUGUUCGAUGUGGACAGAGCGAAUAGCAAUGGAGGUGGAUUGACGUUAAUUGAAGUCGCUGAGGGGGUGACAGUUGAGGAAGUUAAGGAGAAGACUGGCGCGAGCUUCAAAAUUGCCAAGCAUUUAGGUAGAUUCUAA